CGUCCACUUGAAGCGCCUGGCCAGUUUCCCUCGCAGAAACAGGGACGUCAUCAUCUAUAAUCCAAGCAUCUCAGAUAGCUACUCUUAUUCAACUGAAUGCCAAGCUAAUUGAGCAGAACUCCAGGCUUAUUGAGGAUCAAGGGGAGAUUCGGUUCCUUAUGAGGUGUGAGAGGAAGUCUAGACGCCACCUCUUAGGGGCGGUCCACUUGAUAAUGAGAAAAUGCAUAUGGACCGAGGUGAGAUAGAGCAAAUGUUCCCUCUUUCAUCCUCAUCGGAUGGCGACCAGCUUGUAUUAGUGGAUGAAGGCCACCUCGAUGACAUCUCCGAGGAGGAUUGAGUACUAGGCAUCCAGGACCUAAGUUCUAUCUUUUCUUUUUAUUUGCUUUUCUCUUUUAAUUUUAAACAAUGUUUGAUUAUUGAUUUACUUUCAUUUUACUUUUCGUACUUUAAAUAUUCUAGUAUUAGUAGCAAUCGUACUUAUAUUAUCUAAUUAUCGUACCUAUAACUCUUAAUUGUCUUUCUCUCUUCCUUAUGUGCUUUAUCAUUGUGAAAACCACCAAGAAGACGAAGACCUACACUUGUGUACCUUCACCAACCCACAACCCAACUUAUGGUAAUCUUCAUGAUCUUCUCUUUUGAAACCCCCACAUUAAGAACAAUGUGUUGCUCAAGUGUGGGGGGAUGUGUGCGAAUGCUUAAAUGAUUUUCAUGAUUGAUUGGGCCAUGGAUUGGUUGUAUCCUCCCUUGUUUAUGAAUGUAAGACAUUGAUGAAUGCUUAUGGGAGUGUAUGCUAGCGAUUGUGUGUGUGUUUGUGGUGUUGGUUGACCAAAUGAUAGUGUUUCGAAACCUUGAAUGCAUUACCCAAAAAAUUUCAAAUUUGAGGGUUCCAAAACACUUUGUUCCGUGCAAUUCCCUACUCGAUAUGCUUUGAAUUGAUAUAUGAUUGAUGUGUUGUGCUCGCUAGGGAGUAGUUGCAUGAUUAGAGUACCGAUGUAAGAGGAUUUUUACUCACUUCUUCCUCUUUGGUGAAUUGAAAAUGUCUGCUAUUUUAGGAAGAUCAUGAGUGCGGAUUCUCUAUCAUUUUUGUAACUCAAAAUCGUUUGAAAAGAGGUUCUCACGUGAGAGGCAACCGACCCUCAAGGUUUGGAGUGCCCUUUCAGGAUAUGUUUGGGGAUCGUAUAGCUUCGCUGCGUCCCGACCAUCUCUUACUACUUACCAUCCCCCAAACAUCUUUCCUCUUUACGGAAUCAUAAGACAAGGUACAAAGUACUUUUUAGCGAUUCAUGAGACCUCAAAGCUCUCGUUUGUACCCAACAUGUGUGUCAACCCAAUGUGGAGUGCAGGCUGGGAAGUGGUGCUCGGGCUAAAACGAAUCCGCACAUCAAAUUCCCCUCAUGUGACCUUGAAAGGAAAGGUAAUGAUCCAUCCUCUCUAGGUAGUGAGGGAGAGAUGCUUGAUUGCAAGAAAACUUGCAAAAGAUUGGUGCAAUGCGUGUCAACAUAGAAAAAGAAUACCAAUAAAUGACAACUCCUAAAUCGAAAUAAAGAAUAAUGAUCACCCUCAAGAGUUCUUGUUCUUAGUUGAUGAUUGAGAGGUCCCCCAGUGCACACCUUGAAUGUUCGGCCUAAGGUAGCAAGUAUGGUCCUCACCCAAGAGUUUGUGUGUGAAUAGUAAGAUAAUAGUAACGUUUUCUUGUCUCCAUCUACUCUUCAUUAUGCAAUGAAGAACUAGAGUGUGUCCCAUCUUGAUUUGUUUAUCAAGUUGCAUUGGUUUGAGUAGGUUUGCUUGGGGACAAGCAAACGCCUAAGUGUGGAGGACUUUGAUAACACCUAAAUUGUUGUUAUUUACCCUUCCUAUUUAGGUUUAUUUCGUGCUAAUUCAUGUGCAUAAUCAUUUGAAUAGUGUCAAUUGCAUCCCUAUUUCAUUUCUAUUUGAUUAUGAUGUGAUUUUAGGAUGAUUUAGCAAAUACAUGCGAAUUAGGUACAAAAACGGACACAAGUGUAGCAAAAGGGGCAGAAGGCUGAUGAUCACGGCCUAGAGAUGGAGAUCGCGGUCGAGAACAAAGACGGCGAACUUAAGGCAAAGACGGUGGUCGGAAAGUCUAAGAUCACAGCCGCGAUCUUGGAGGCUGAGGGCACGAACUUCGUGAAGAAGCUAGUGGGAGAAAUGGAGUGUUUCCUCAGUACGAUCACGACCACAGUUUACAUUAACUGCAAGGAAGAUCGCGGACGCGCCUCACGGAUCGCAACCAUGAAGUCAGCCCCCGAACCCCUCGCGCCUAAAGGCCAAAACGGGAGCGUCGGCAGAUCACGGCCUCAAGGAGAAAGAUCACGAUCGCGAACUUCAUACUUCCUGGCCGCGAACUUCUCCGUCCUCUAAAGGGUAUAAAUAGAGACCCCCUUCCCCCAUUGAAGAGAGCUAAUUUUGUAAUAGAAUUAUGGUUAGAGAAAGAGAAAGAAGAUAGAGAAGGAGGAGCUAGAAGAUAAGAGCCACUUUCCUCAAUAGUCAACACCAAUUCUCCCCCAAUUUCUUCUAUGUAUCUUCUUCCCUGCUUUAUGAAGUAGUCAUCUAAGGUACUAGUGGUUAUAUCCCCCAACCCUAGUUCUAGGAUUACUAUGUAAUGAAUGGAUAUUUUAGUGUUUUAAUGAAUGAAUGUGUUUAUCUAGUUGAUUUCAUUGUUUCUCUAGCUUUGAUUAUGCUUGGGUAAGUCGUCAUAAUCUUCUCUACUAGCCUACUUGAGCUUCUACGUUGGGUAUGAAGUUUUAAGGUUAGAUGGGUAUGCGCCAUCAAGAAAAUUGAGGUUAGAUGUAUGAAUAGGAUCCUAUGGUGGACGAGUGAUGACUCGGUAUUUGCACAUGUUUUCCCCUUUGUUUCUUGAUUGUUUGAGCUUGAAUUAUUGCGUCUUUGGCCUAUUUUAUGCUAGGUUGUGUUCCUUUGUCCCAUUUCAGGUCCUAGCACAUAAAGUGAAGCAUAGGCGCAAGUUUCAAGUCAAUCAGAGAUCAAUUGACGAUUCGAGAGAAGAAACUCGGGCAUGACCUGAAGAAGAAUGGAUUUCUACCUCACUUUAUGGACAAAGAAUCAUGCAAGCUUGUUAUGAAACGAAAGAGGACGAGACUACGAGCUUCUGGGAUCAAACGGCGAUUGAUUCGGAGUCCGGACGAGGGAGAAACGAAGCAUUAAACAGAGGCUGAGCAAGCUGCACGGGCAGACCAGCGUGGCCACGCACGGCCGUGCAAGUGACCAGUUUGGCCGUGCGGGAUUGUGCGUGGGCACGCACGGGAUUGUGCGUGGCCACGCACGGCCGUGCAACAUACAAUUCUGGCCGUGCGAGUUGGCUGAGGUUCAACUAAUUGAUACGCCGCGUUUUGAGGUGCACGGCCAGAAUGGUGAUGUGCACGGCCGUGCACCCUGGCCGUGCGAGUCGGGAUUUUCUCCUUUUAAGCAGAAUUUCAGCCACAAUUCGGGGGGAUUCGAGUUUUUGAGAGAGAGAUCAGUUCCUAGAGAGAGAAAGUGACGAGCAAGAGUUCCCAAGUGCCCUAGAUUGAUCUUCAACACCAUUGGAGGCCAGCUUGAGCUUGGAGAAGUGCCAAUCAACGUCCAGAAGCAGGAAUCCAUCCUUUGCAGUAUGAAUUCCGUGUCUGAUUCUGCUUUUGCUUUCUUCUCCAUGGAGUAGUUCUCCCAUUCAUCUGGGUAUGGAGAACCCUAGAUUUGUAUGUUAGGCUUUGAUUGUAUGAACCCAAGUACUGAUUCUGUGAUUGAUUAUAUUCGAUUGAGGUUUUAAUGAUUGAAUGACUUGAAUCCUGAUCAAAUUCCUGUUGUUUCUGCUUUAACCUAGAAUGAGAAUAUCUGCCUAGGUUAAUAGAGUAUCCUUGAUUGAAGGUAGGGAGUUGGUGACUUUAGUCGAGGAGCCAACUCACUAUUCUGUACCGGAUUUACUCCGGUAGUGGAGGUUUUGUUCUUAGGGCCUCAAUCUGUCGACUCCGGUGGAGGUUAGUCGCCCGCUAGAGAGUCAGAUUGAGAGGGUCUGAAGACCUUUAGUCGAGACUUCAGACUGUUUAAGAACCUUCCGCAGUAUAACUGUCAUAGAAACUGAACUUGGUAAUUACAAUCCGGCUUAACUACAGUCUAGGGGGAACCAUAUCCGGGUGACCUCUCUUAACCUGAAUACAACCAGUUUACUUGC